CCUGUCUCUAUGUAGCCCCUGCUUCUUCCCACCCCCAUUCUCUGUUCUUUCUCAACCUCUUCUCUUCCUGUGUGUAAAUAUUAGAGAGUUGAGCCUGCAGGGCUGAUGUAGACAUGGGGAGAGAAUGAAAUUAAAAAGGAUUCCCUCGCCCCCAUCACAACACCCCCACCUUGCAUUCUCCCCCCAGGCUCUUGCCUCCUCCCUUCGUCCUUUUCCCCUCCCCUCACUCAGUUCUUCCACAUGCCUCUCCUCCCCCCAGUCCAGAUGGGAGCUAGCUCCUUCAGAAAGGGGGCUCAGAACUGGGUGUGGGGACCUACCUCUCUCUGCUUUCCCUCAUCACAUCUGCCUACAGGGAUGGGAGACCCCACGAGCCAGUGGUCCUGCGCCUUCUGAAGUUGGACUUCUACCUGGCAGUGGGGAUCCUGACACCAAGGAUGGGAUACCCCGGAUGGAGGUUCCUGGGGCCUGGCCCCCACCACUAUGAAGAGCCUUUGCUGAGGCCAUGAGGGGUUACCAUGGCGACCGAGGCAGCCAUCCCCGCCCAGCCCGCUUUGCUGACCAGCAGCAUAUGGACGUGGGCCCAGCUGCCAGGGCCCCAUACCUGCUGGGCUCUGGGGAGGCCUUCUCCACCGAGCCCCGCUUUUGUGCCCCAAGAGCUGGCCUGGGACACCUUUCUCCAGAAGGGCCCCUGAGCCUGAGUGAGGGACCAUCUGUAGGCCCUGAGGGAGGGCCAGGGGGGGCUGGGCUUGGGGGGGGCAGUAGCACCUUCCCCAGGAUGUACCCUGGCCAGGGCCCCUUUGACACCUGUGAAGACUGUGUGGGUCACCCACAGGGCAAGGGUGCCCCCCGUCUGCCUCCUACACUCCUGGACCAGUUUGAGAAGCAGUUGCCAGUCCAACAAGAUGGCUUCCACACGCUACCAUACCAGCGAGGUCCAGCAGGGGCUGGGCCUGGGCCAGGGCCAGGGUCUGGCUCUGCCCCAGAGGCCCGCAGUGAGAGCCCCAGCCGCAUCCGGCACCUGGUUCACUCUGUGCAGAAGCUCUUUGCCAAGUCCCACUCUCUGGAGGCCCCAGGGAAGCGGGACUAUAAUGGGCCCAAGGCUGAGGGAAGAGGCAGCUCUGGGGGAGACAGCUACCCUGGCCCAGGCUCUGGAGGUCCUCACACUUCCCACCACCACCAUCACCACCAUCACCACCACCACCACCAAUCCCGGCACAGCAAGAGGAGCAAGAGCAAGGACCGCAAGGGGGAUGGGCGGCACCAGACCAAGGCCGCGGGCUGGUGGAGCUCUGAUGACAACUUGGACAGUGAUAGUGGCUUCCUGGCGGGUGGGCGCCCCCCUGGGGAGCCUGGUGGUCCCUUCUGCCUGGAGGCUCCUGAUGGGUCCUACCGGGACUUGAGCUUUAAGGGGCGUUCAAGUGGGUCAGAAGGCCGCUGUCUUGCCUGCACUGGCAUGUCCAUGUCACUGGAUGGACAGUCGGUCAAGCGAAGUGCCUGGCAUACCAUGAUGGUCAGCCAGGGCCGGGACGGAUACCCAGGGGCCGGGCCAGGCAAAGGGUUCCUGGGUCCAGAGACCAAGGCCAAAGCCAGGACUUACCAUUAUCUGCAGGUGCCGCAAGAUGACUGGGGGGGUUACCCGACGGGGGGUAAGGAUGGGGAGAUCCCCUGCCGCAGGAUGCGGAGUGGCAGCUACAUCAAAGCCAUGGGGGACGAGGAGAGUGGAGACUCAGAUGGCAGCCCCAAAACAUCUCCCAAAGCCGUUGCCCGCCGCUUCACCUCCCGCCGCUCUUCCAGUGUGGAUCAGGCCCGAAUCAACUGCUGUGUUCCACCCCGGAUCCAUCCCCGGAGCUCCAUCCCUGGCUAUAGCCGUUCCCUCACCACAGGCCAGCUCAGCGAGGAGCUGAGCCAGCAGCUGGAGGCUGUGUGCGGGUCUGUGUUUGGCGAGCUCGAAUCUCAGGCGGUGGAUGCCCUGGACCUGCCGGGCUGUUUCCGCAUGCGGAGCCACAGCUACCUCCGGGCCAUCCAGGCCGGCUGCUCUCAAGAUGAUGACUGCCUGCCCCUCCUUGCUGCCCCUGCCUCUGUCUCAGGGAGGUCCGCCUCCUCUUUCAACUUUAGAAAGGCCCCGCCCCCCAUCCCUCCGGGAAGCCAGGCCCCGCCCCGCAUCUCCAUCACAGCCCAGAGCAGCACCGACUCAGCGCACGAGAGCUUCACGGCUGCGGAGGGCCCUGCCCGGCGCUGCAGCUCCGCUGAUGGGCUGGACGGCCCCACCAUGGGGGCACGCACCUUGGAGUUGGCGCCCGUGCCACCCCGGGCCAGCCCCAAGCCCCCCACACUCAUCAUCAAGACUAUUCCGGGCAGGGAGGAGCUGCGGAGCCUUGCACGUCAGCGGAAGUGGCGUCCGUCCAUUGGGGUGCAGGUGGAGACUAUCUCAGACUCAGACACGGAGAACAGGAGUCGAAGAGAGUUCCACUCUAUUGGUGUCCAGGUGGAGGACGACAAGAGAUGGGCAAGGUUCAAGCGCUCCAACAGUGUGACGGCAGGUGUGCAGGCAGACCUGGAGCUGGAGGGCCUGGCCGGCCUGGCCACAGUAGCCACAGAAGACAAGGCCUUGCAGUUUGGACGCUCCUUCCAGAGGCAUGCCUCUGAGCCCCAGCCUGGGCCCCGGGCUCCCACCUACUCAGUCUUCCGCACGGUCCACACACAGGGCCAGUGGGCCUACCGCGAGGGCUACCCACUGCCGUAUGAGCCGCCGGCCAGCGAUGGGUCAUCUGGCCCUGCCCCUGCCCCCACCCCUGGCCCCGGGUCCGGCCGCCGUGACUCCUGGAUAGAGCGUGGCUCACGUAGCCUCCCUGACUCAGGCCGCACGUCUCCCUGCCCACGGGAUGGCGAGUGGUUCAUCAAGAUGCUGAGGGCAGAGGUGGAGAAGCUGGAGCACUGGUGCCAGCAGAUGGAGCACGAGGCGGAGGACUAUGAGCUGCCUGAAGAGAUCCUAGAGAAGAUCCGAAGUGCUGUGGGCAGCACACAACUUCUCCUGUCCCAGAAAGUUCAGCAGUUCUUCCGGCUGUGUCAGCAAAGCAUGGACCCCACUGCGUUCCCUGUGCCCACCUUCCAGGACCUGGCGGGUUUCUGGGACCUCCUGCAGCUCUCUAUUGAGGAUGUGACCCUCAAGUUCCUGGAGCUACAGCAACUUAAGGCCAACAGCUGGAAACUCCUGGAGCCUAAGGAGGAGAAGAAGGUCCCUCCGCCGAUACCAAAGAAGCCGCCGCGCGGCCGGGGCGUGCCGGUCAAGGAGCGCUCGCUGGACUCGGUGGACCGGCAGCGGCAGGAAGCGCGCAAGCGCCUCCUGGCGGCCAAGCGCGCAGCCUCCUUCCGCCACAGCUCGGCCACCGAGAGCGCCGACAGCAUCGAGAUCUACAUCCCCGAGGCCCAGACCAGGCUGUGACCCGCCCAGCCCGCCCAGCCCGGGGCCGGGCCGGGGUUUUCUACCCGUACUGUACACCCAGCGUCGAGGUCACUGUGAACGCGGGCCGCCCCGCGCCCGCCCCGCCGGCUCCGGCCCCGCGCGCCCUGGCUCCACCUGCCCGCCACUCUCGGGGGUUUUUUACCUUCCCGACCCCACGCGAAGGCGCCCGGGCCGGGCUGGGGGCCGUGCCUCUCUGCCCGGGCCCCCAGCCCCACACCCCACCCCCGGCCCCGUCCCUCCAGCCCCAUGCUUCGUCCCCACCUCCUCCCUUCCCCUGGGCACCAUCUCUGCCAUUACUUCCCCCACCACGGGCCAGGCCGGGCCGGGUCCCCCAUCUGGGCUCUGCGUCCCCCCCACCCCGCGGGGCUGGGCUUCGUGGGGAUCAAGCUUCGUGGCUUUUUAUGAAGAAUCCCGAACCCCCGCCUAGGAGCCCGCCCCCUCCCGGGCUCCGUCCUCCGCUCGCCCACCGGGCCCAGGGACCGCAGUGGCUGGACCAACCCAGGACCAGGGCGCCUGGGCCUCUCCCCUGGCCGGGCUGCUGGGGAGGGGAGGUCGGGGCUUCCCUUCACCACACCUGUGGCUGUUCCCACGUCCCCUUGAGUAUCCCAGGAAAAAUAAAACGGCAGAACUGCACUCGAGCCAACUGCUCUCUCCUGGGCAAGGCACCUCUGCUGUGGGGCACGGGGUGGAGGGGGUUGAGGCCAGCGGCCCACACUCGCUCCAGGGAGCGCCACCUUUGCGCCCCAUUAAUGGGGAGUCAGGCCCUGGGGCCACAGGAGCCCCUGAGCCCCCUGGAGGGGCCCCAGUAGGUGAAGAGGAGAGGGUUGCAACAACCUUAUCUCCCCUGCUAGUUCAGUCUGUUUUCCUUUCUGCCUCCCUCUCUACCCAGGGCCCUCCCAGGGGGUAAGCCCAGAGGCUUUAAUAAACAGGGAGUGCGGUUAUUCUUA